CUCGAGCAAGACAUCAAGACGACUACACUGAUACUGAUACUAGCAGAAGCUGUGAGCUUUUUCCUGGCCCAUCAUCUGGGAAAUAGACCAAUGACCGGCUCAACUAGAGUCGGCUUGUCUUCGUUUAUUUCUUCUUCUGUUAUUUAUUUUAUUUUUAUUAUUAUAAGACUAUUUAUGCUGGAAAGCAAGAAACAAGUGGGUAAAUGACCUAGAGGGCGAGCUAACAAAAGAAAAAUUAAUAGCAAUGUUAAAAGGUUAUAGAGGUAAUUCCGAAGACGUCAUCACGAUUGUGAAAAAAUUACAACAGAAUAGAGCAGACAUCGAUGAUUAACGAUGAUUAGGCAUACAGAGGCGAGCUACCAGGAUGUUGUAAAAACAAUGUUGAAUAAAGAUCGUGAAUGCAUAAAGGAUAUGCCUCGAUAACUACAUCUCCCACUAAGCGUAACUCUCCCUUCUACUUGUUAUGCCUAUUGCCUUACGUUGGAGGCCACUUUCAACUGGAUACCUGUUAACCUACUUGGGUCAGUCUUUGAGCCACUUUGCAAGCGGUACAUUGUCAUCACCUGUUACUUUACACUUUUAAUAUAAUUUUUGGCUCAGUAUUUAUAUUUUUUUUUUUUUUCGUAGGUUGGGAUAAAAAGCUCUAUUAAUUAUGCCUGAAACAAUCAAGAAUUUUUCUGGUUAAUUAUUUUAAAGAGAUUUCUUCUCAAAAAAAGAAGAAAGAAUUGUUUCAGCAGCUAUUGUUAAACGUUUGUUUAAAAGUUACGUGAAAGUAAUGUUGUCCGUGUCUACGUGCUUAGUGACAUCAGUACAUGUGUGAUAUUCAGACGUGAGCAUGAGUUCAAGGAACCUUAUAUACUCAUGCAUUCAAAUUACUGUUAAUAAAUUUAUUGCCAGAGGAAUUUAUUUUUGAAUUAUAUACCCACGUGGAUUUCAAAAUGAAGGGAUGGUUUGAUGCAUUCCGCAAUGAUGGUGGCCCAACACUAUACAGUUGGAGUAAUCGAACUCCAGUUACCGGAGACGUGCAUUUAAUAACAAUAUUUGUUAUUUUCGUAACAAUAUUCACAGCAUUCCUCAUUAUCUUCCCGGGGAUUCGCAAAGAAAGAAUAACAACAUUUCUGACGGUAACUCUCAGCCUCUUCGUUGGAACAAGUAUCCAAGUUGCGCAAUAUGGCUCCACCUGGCACACGACCUCGUCCUCGAUCCUCAGCAGCUACAGCGUCUUCUCCAGGUACCGGACGCCAGCCGAAAUAGGAGGGUACAUUGGACUCAUGCAUAUUAAUAUAACUUAUAGCUUGACUAAUUACACGGACACCGAUAUAAUCGGUGACGUCGAGUACAAUGAAAGGUUUUGGUGGAGAAGUCCCACAGAAAUGAGUGAGUCAUUCCGCGAGGCUCUUUAUCGUGGAGCGCCUUUUCCAAUCAUUUCGCUGGCUGAGUACUUUAGCCUUCAUCAAGAAGGGUUUUCCUGGGGCGCUAAGUACCGGGAAGCUGGGCAUUAUGCCUCGAUAAUGCUGUGGACUUGUUUCGCAGCCUGGUCAUUAAUGAACCUCCUACUGGUUGUGGUCCCAAGAUACGGAGCCUAUAGCAUGAUAUUUACCGGUAUACUUAUGCUGUUUACCAAUUUAAUUUACUGGUCACUGCUGCCCUGUGAGCCGUUAAUUGCUCACGUAGAUGGCUCGGUACUUGUCUUCAGUUUCGGGUGGAAUUAUUGGCUUGUCCUUGUCGCUGGAUCAAGCUGUUUGCUCAGCGGAAUUAUUAUAACAAUAAUUGACCUGAUUUUCCCUCAUCAAUUUUCUACGAUCCUUGAAGUUGAUUAUGACACACCUUAUGACAGGCAUGUUAUUAUUGAGGAGAGCUUUGAUACGAGAAAUAUACCACAGAAAUUUCCGAGAGUUAAAGAAAAUCUUUACGAUCAAAGAAGUUCCAGUCAAUUACCAUCCAAGGGAAGCGAUAAAAAACUCCACGAAGGGAUAGUUAACCGUGGAUAUAUAUCUCACGAGUCCUCGUCAGACUUACAUCGUGAUAGUGAUGAAUCAAACAAGGCCAACUGGUCGUACCCAUUUCCACCAAUCUCACGGAGAAUAAAUUGAAUGCUCAACAAAGUAUUUUAUAGUCAAUUUUUUAGCGCAAAUGAAUUUAAUUAGAUAGUUAAUAAUAAUAAUUAGUAUUUAAAUUUAGUAUUAGUGCCAUUAAA